GCUCGGUCUCGGACAGCUGCUCCUCACGCUGGUGCUGUCGCCAUCUCUGCAAAAGCUGCCAUCAUGAGAAUCCUGUUCUUCCUCGUUGCUGUUCUCUUCUUCCUCUUCCAGGCUGCUCCAGCUUACAGCCAGGAAAGCUCCGACACCCUGGCGUGCCGGCAGAGCCGCGGCUCCUGCUCCUUCGUGCCCUGCUCUGCUCCCCUGGUUGACAUCGGCACCUGCCGUGGAGGGAAGCUGAGGUGCUGCAAAUGGUAA